ACGGCCGCCGGAGGAGGUGGAGGUGGAGGCUCGAGGGGGCUGCGACCGAGGCUGUUGAUGCCGGAUAAAGUUUCCCCGCGGCGCGGCAGAGGAGCGAGGACCCCGACUCCCGUGUGACAAGUUGCCGCCGAGCCAUGGGCACCCUGCGCGACCUGCAGUACGCGCUCCAGGAGAAGAUCGAGGAGCUGCGGCAGCGCGACGCGCUCAUCGACGAGCUGGAGCUGGAGCUGGACCAGAAGGACGAGCUGAUCCAGAAGCUGCAGAACGAGCUGGACAAGUACCGCUCCGUCAUCAAGCCCGCCACGCAGCAAGUCCACAAGCAGACGGAGCUGCACUGCGAGCAGCAGCGCACCAAGAGGCAGGCCAUCUCGGCCGAGCCCACCGCCUUCGACAUCCACGAUCUCAGUCACGUCACGCUGCCUUUCUACCCCAAAAGUCCCCAGUCUAAAGAUCUGAUCAAAGAGGCCAUCCUGGACAACGACUUCAUGAAGAACCUGGAGCUGUCGCAGAUCCAAGAGAUCGUGGACUGCAUGUACCCCGUGGAGUACGGAAAGGACAGUUGCAUCAUCAAGGAGGGCGAUGUGGGUUCCUUGGUCUACGUCAUGGAAGACGGCAAGGUGGAGGUGACCAAGGAGAGCCUGAAGCUGUGCACCAUGGGCCCGGGGAAGGUGUUUGGGGAGCUGGCCAUUCUCUACAAUUGCACCAGGACCGCCACCGUCAAAACGCUGACAAACGUGAAGCUGUGGGCCAUCGACCGACAAUGUUUCCAGACCAUCAUGAUGAGGACGGGCCUCAUCAAGCACACGGAGUAUAUGGAGUUUUUGAAGAGCGUGCCGACUUUCCACAGCCUGCAGGAGGACAUUCUCAGCAAGCUGGCCGACGUCCUUGAGGAGACCCACUACGAGGAUGGCGAGUACAUCAUCAGACAGGGGGCCAGGGGGGACACCUUCUUCAUCAUCAGCAAAGGAAAGGUGAACGUGACCAGGGAGGACCCCCCCAACGGCGAGCCGGUCUACCUGCGCAGCCUGGGGAAAGGAGACUGGUUCGGAGAGAAGGCCCUGCAAGGGGAGGACAUCCGGACAGCCAACGUUAUUUCAGCCGAGGCGGUCACCUGCUUAGUCAUCGACCGGGACUCAUUUAAGCAUCUAAUUGGAGGCCUGGAGGAUGUGUCCAGCAAAGGUCACGAGGACGUUGACGCCAAAGCCAAGUAUGAAGCCGAGAACGCCUUCUUCUUCAACCUCAACCUGGCGGACUUCAACAUCAUCGACACUCUGGGGGUGGGCGGAUUCGGACGCGUGGAGCUGGUAAGUACGCCCGCGCUCGUCAGUCGCAAAAACCCGGCUGACCGCCACGCCCCGGAUCUUCAGGUGCAGCUCAAGAGCGACGAGAACAAGACCUACGCCAUGAAGAUCCUGAAGAAGCGGCACAUCGUGGACACCCGGCAGCAGGAGCACAUCCGCUCGGAGAAGCUCAUCAUGCAGGAGGCCCACUCGGAUUUCAUCGUCAGACUGUACAGAACGUUCAAGGACAGCAAGUACCUAUACAUGCUGAUGGAAGCCUGUCUGGGAGGAGAGCUGUGGACCAUCCUUCGAGACCGAGGCUCUUUUGAGGACUCGACCACCAGGUUUUAUACCGGCUGCGUGGUGGAGGCCUUCGCCUACCUGCAUUCCAAAGGCAUCAUCUACAGAGACCUCAAACCUGAGAACCUUAUACUGGAUCACAGGGGCUAUGCCAAACUGGUGGACUUUGGUUUCGCCAAGAAGAUUGGUUUUGGCAAGAAAACGUGGACUUUCUGUGGCACUCCAGAGUACGUAGCGCCAGAGAUCAUCCUGAACAAAGGUCACGACAUCUCUGCAGACUACUGGUCGCUGGGAAUCCUCAUGUUCGAGCUCCUAACUGGCAGCCCUCCCUUCUCUGGCCCCGAUCCAAUGAAGACCUACAACAUCAUCCUGAGAGGCAUCGACAUGAUCGAGUUCCCAAAGAAAAUUACCAAAAAUGCUGCCAACCUAAUCAAAAAGCUAUGCAGGGAUAAUCCUUCUGAACGACUGGGAAACUUGAAAAAUGGUGUCAAAGACAUCCAAAAGCACAAGUGGUUUGAGGGCUUUAACUGGGAGGGCUUAAAGAAGGGGACAUUGACGCCUCCUAUCAUCCCCAAUGUCACGUCGGCGGUGGACACGAGUAACUUCGACAGCUUCCCGGAGGACAACGAGGACCCUCCCCCCGACGACAACUCCGGUUGGGACGUGGACUUCUGAAGUCCCCCGUCGGACGUGGAGAAACUCUCUCUCUCGUCGCUUUUUUUCGAACGCCGUGUCGGAAGCAAACGCGGAGACGAUACGCAGGCAGAGAUUUAGCGUACGGAUGACACGCCCUUAUUGGGUCACCGAUAAAUGCCUUUAUUUCACUGUGGCCCCUCCCCCCCCCCGGAUCAAGCAUUUAUAGCGGGACGGCUGUAGCACAUGUUCAAGUGUUGUCUUACGCUCGGCUCAAAGAACGUGCAGGGAUACACACACACACACACACACACACACACACACACACACGCACGCACGCACGGACGCAGAAAAAAACACGGCGGAGCCAAAAUUCCCGUGCGGAUGUUUCCUCUUCGCGACUUUUCUUACGUUUUAGGAGUGUAAAAAAAUGUGAAUUGUGUUGUGGUUGUCAUCUGCUGGCUUCCUACGCUCGCUCAACAAGUGCUCUCGACUAACCUGAAUGUCGCCUACUGUCGCAAACACAUUCUCAAACAGGCUGGAAUAGUUAGCAUUUCAAAAUAAAAGCACAAACUUAAGUGCCCUGUUUAGAUAGUAAACACACAGCUGACUCAUACGUAUUGCCAUGUUUAUCCUUAAAUGUUUUAUUAAUAUUAUUAUUAUUAUAAUUAUCAUUAUUAUCAUUAGUUUUUUUAUUAUUAUUAUUAUUAUUACAUUUAAGGCUGCGUUCACACUUGCAAUGUUCACUUCGGUUCAAACUGGCCGCUUUUGCUUUAA